CUGUGUUACAUGUAAUGGGUGUUAUAACAAUAGAUGCAUUGUGAAUAACGUGUGAUCAGACAAGAUUAUUAAGAUAAUCGACAGAGUAAACAUGUCUAAAGGAGCUGGACGCUACAUCAAAGUAAAGGAUACUGAUGAAAACCUGCCAACUUACAAGUAUCCAAAUAUCGAAACAAACAACGCAGAAAAACGGAAGUUGUCAUUUGAGUCCGGCAUAAAAUCAGGGGAUGAAGAAAAUGGCGACAUAGUACUGCCUGCAAUCACAAUCACCAAUGAAGAUGACGUCACGACACCAGCAGAAAAAGAUGGUGGACUUAUUUAUAAAAUAAGUGACCCAGUUCCUAUACAUCUCACCAUUCUCUUUGCGCUACAGCAAGCCCUGUUGUCCUUGUCUACAUCUCUGGCCGUGUCCCUACUGGUGGCUCAGGUUGUGUGUGCAGAAGAAAACGAGGACUUCAAGGCCAAACUUCUAAGCUCAACUCUGUUUAUGAACGGCAUCACUACUCUGCUGAUGGUGACGUUAGGAAUAAGACUGCCGCUGUACCAAGGAGCAACACCGGAUUAUGUCGCCCCACUACUGGCAAUGGCCGAUAUAGACAAAGGCAGGUGUAACAAUACAAGUCCAAUUACAGUUUUCAACAACAUCACAAAUAUGACAGAGACAGUCUUCCCUGAAGGUACAGAGGAAAUCAUCCUGAAUGCAGUCCAAGGGUUACAAGGCAGCCUAUUGGCCGCUGGAGCCAUACACUUCCUGAUAGGAGCCACUGGAUUGGUUGGGGUUUUGCUGAGGUUUAUUGGCCCUGUAACCAUUGUUCCGACCAUCCUUUUGAUUGGUAUUUACAUGGUGAAGUCUAUCACAAAGUUCGCACAGUUCCACUGGGGCAUUUCAUUGAUGACAUGUGCGAUCGCCAUAAUACUAUCGCUGUAUCUGGCGAAGAGAGAGAUGCCAAUACCGGUGUAUACCAGGAAAAAAGGAUGUCAUGUGAUCCGCUACCCUCUACAUCAGGUGUUCGCUAUAUUGAUAGCUCUACUGGCCGGCUGGUUACUGUGUGGCAUACUUACCGCCGCCGGGGUGUUCAGCACAGCCAGGGACAGUCCAGACUAUUACUCCAGGACAGACGCGAGGGUGAACGUCAUCCAUCGGGCCAGCUGGUUUUACUUCCCUUAUCCAGGUCAGUUUGGAAAAUCAACUUUCAGCAUAUCGGCCUUUGUUGGUUUUUUCGUGGCAACAAUUGUUUCCAUAUUGGAUUCAAUAGGCGACUACUACGCAUGCGCUGCCACCUGUCGUGUUCCACCGCCUUCUGCUCAGGGCGUUAACCGUGGUAUCGCCAUCGAAGGAUUGUGUACUGCCCUUUCAGGAGCGAUAGGCUGUGGCCAUGGAACUACCACGUAUGGGGGUAACAUUGGAGCAAUAGGUCUGACAAGGGUUGCAAGUCGGUAUGUAUUUAUAACUGUUGCCAUCAUCUACAUUAUAUUCGGCGUCAUCGGAAAAGUAUCAGCUGUUUUUAUCACCAUACCGUACCCGGUGCUAGGCGGAGUUCUCAUCGUCAUGUUUGGUGUUUUCAAUGGUGUCGUCUUGUCCAAUCUUAAAUCUGUAGAUUUAUCGUCCACUCGGAACCUUGCCAUCAUCGGAACCUCUCUACUUGUUGGUCUGAUGAUACCCCACUGGGUGGAGGCGUAUGAUAACGUCAUCAACACAGGUAAUAAAGAAGCUGAUGACGUCAUCACAAUGAUUCUAGGAAAUCCUAACCUCGCUGGUGGUGUCCUAGCAUGUUUCCUUGACAACACGAUACCAGGUACCAGGGAGGAGCGAGGUAUCGCGGCCUGGGAGACACCAGAUGAUACCACCGCCAAUGCUCCCACUGGGUUAGACUACAAUGAAGGAUACGAAGUUUAUAACCCUAUUUUAUUUGACAAGUACAGGAAUUCCAAAGUACUACGAUUCCUUCCCUUCAUGCCAAAUCCUUCACAUAAAGACGGGAUGAAGCAAAGAAGCUUAUCACGUGACUUUGGAAGACGACGUAGCCUCACUGGGCCUGCCGUCUUGACUUCCACUCGCUGAAGCAAAGGUGUCGAAGCUACUGAGUUUUAAAAAGAUCAAUCAGGUCUUUUUGAGGGUAUCUUGUUAAAUAGCCGUUCUAACUUCAAAGAACUGAAGCAAUGAUGAGUUUUUAAAAGAUUUUUGUGACUGUAUGUGUGUAUAUAAGUCGUCUUGUUUUUUGCAUGCAGUAACAAUGGAACUGAAGCAAAUGCGUCUGUACUAUAACGUUUUGAUGGUUUCUGUAGAUCUAGCCGUCUAGAUUUUCUUGAUUCCCAAACAUGAUGUAAAAAAAAAAAAAAAACAUCACGAAUUUUGUGACGAUAAUUUAUUUGUUCACUACAGACGUUUUGACUUUCCAACCUUGGCAGCAAUUGAGUCUUUCACGAAUUUAAUUAAGGACGAAGUAUUGUUUGCUCAACAAACCGUCUUGACUUCCAAAUCUGGUGAUAAAGGAGUUCACCACGGUAUUAAGUAAAUGACGGGGUUUUGUUUGUUCACAAUGACGUCCGGACUCCAAACCUUGAUAAAACGGAUUCUUUCACGAAUUUAAUUAAUGACGAAGUUUUGUUCACAGUGCCGUUUUGUUUUGAAAACCUUGAAGCCAGGGAGUUUAUCACGGAUUAAGUAAAUGACGGGAUUCUGUUUGUUCAUCAAGCCGUUUAGACUUCAUCACGCCGAGGUGUUGUAACAAGAGUAUAUGUCACGACUUUAAGACAGGGUUUUCAUGGUCUAUAGCCAUCUUAACUUCCAAACGCUGAGGAAGAAGACCGCGCAGACAUCUAUAACGUUAUAUACCAACAUAUGGUGCCCCACACGGCUCUGUAUUAUUAGUUUGAAGUGUUUAUCUUGUAGUGCAACAAUAUAUCAUAGUCAAAAGAGUAUGUUAAUUUAAAUCGGCCAGUUUUCUACAACACAUUUAUGACUCAACUUGACCAACCUGUUCAGAAGAGUAUGUGGCUUUCAACUGCAUGAACUCAACAAUGUGGAAUCUUACAUCAAUUUUACAAGAUAUGUAGUUGAUCUUCGUCUAAUUCAUUCUACACUGUUUUCUGUUUUGCAACUCCUCAGCCAAUAUCUCUAUUACCAUCAUUGACGUCGGCGUUACCAAUGUGUUUUGUGAGGCAAGAGAGAUAACUCUGAAUAGCACACACAAAGUAUCUUGUGACAUAAGCACUUUUGGUGUUAUCAGCGGCAGCAUUCGAUUUUACACCUUAAAUAAUUUCAAAGAACUGGAUGUUAAUAAAAUUCUACUAUAAUCCCAAAUUAAAUAUAUACUCAAUGUAAAUCAUG